GUACUUUCUAGUCCUUGAUGUAACCAACUAUCGACGGCUUCCACAAGCACUCACUGAAGGUGGCUAUCAAGAUGUACCUACUGGAGUAUCUGGGGGGAAGCGAAGUGAGGCGCGCGAAUGUCAUCGAUUCAAGAAACCACCUAAACACAGCGUGGCCUGGAUCAAACAGAAGAAAGAACGCGCUCGCAAACAGAUGAAGGAAGUGGCGCAUGACUCGAAGUACACGGGUCGCAAACGGGCACAGCGACUCUG